AUGGAGGGUGGGAACAAGAAAUAUGUCCUGGUGAUGGUGGACCCCGACUGUCCCAACAGGGAAAACCCCCGGCACCGCUUCUGGAGGCACUGGCUGGUCACCGACAUCCUGGGCUCGGAUCUGAGGGUUGGGAAGAUCAAAGGGAAGGUCCUGACAGAUUACAGCCGGCCCAAACCCUCGCGCUACAGCGGCUACCACCGCUACCAGUUCCGCCUGUACCGGCAGCCGCAGCACCAGACCAUCUCCCUGAGCUCCGAGGAGCAGCAAUCGCUGGGCACCUGGGACUUGAAGGACUUCGUGGAGGAUUUUCAUCUGGGCCACCCUGUGGCCUCGACCCAGUUCCUCACCAAAAACUACAAGGAUUAACCCCGACCGUCCCUUCCUUGCCCUGCUCAUCCCCACACCACAGAGCCACCUCUGCCUGGAGCAGAGGGGACCCCAGGAGCCAGUGAGGAUGAACCCACCCUGCUCCCAGCCCCAGCCCCUUCCCUCCCAAAGCCAAGUUCUCUUUCCCUCCGGGGAACAUGCCAGGAGGCGUCCCAGCUCGCCUGGCUAUCCCCGGAAUUCUGGCACCUUCCCUUCUCCCCCUUCACCCCAUUUCUGACUUGACCCCCUGCAUGUCCCCCUGGCACUUUGGGGACUUUGAUGCCUGCAGCUUCCUGAAUAAAAUUCGGAUGGAGCACGCGGGGCUCUGUGGUGGCA